AUGGCUUACAACCAGUACAACUACGGCCAGCAGCAGCAGCAACCGUACGGUCAGCAGCAACAGUACGGUCAACAGCAAGGAUACCCUCCCCAGCAAGCUGCUCCUCCCCCACCCCCAGCAGCCCCUGCUCAAACCCCCGAGGCCACCCUCAGGCACUGGUUCAACUUGGUCGACAGCGACCACUCUGGCCAGCUUAGCACUGAGGAGUUGCAGAAGGCUCUCAUCAACGGUGACUGGAGCCCCUUCAACCUCGAGACUGUCCGCUUGAUGAUGAACAUGUUCGACGCCGACAACUCGGGUUUGAUUACAUUCCCCGAGUUUGCUGGAUUGUGGAAGUACAUUGAGGACUGGCGCACUUGCUUCCAGGCAUUCGACAAGGACAAGAGCGGCUUCAUUGACUUUAAUGAGCUCAAGACAGCCAUGCACUCGUUCGGCUACAACCUCUCGGACCCUUUCCUCCGCCUCAUCAUCAAGAAAUACGACAAGCGAGGCAAAAAUGCUUCAGGAACCGGCGAUGUUUCGUUUGACAACUUUGUCCAGAUUGCCGUCACCGUCAAGUCCUUGACCGACAGCUUCCAGCGCAUCGACGCUGACCGCAGGGGUUUUGCCACCAUCUCCUAUGAGCAGGUACCGUUUAUUUACGAUUAA